UCACAGCAUUUCUCUGUUUUGAUGGCGAAAGUUGGUUUCAUUUUAAUUGUAUACGUAGUGGUGGUGUUGCAUAGCAACGCUGUGCAUGGCCAAGGCACACGCCUUGGCUUUUAUCGUGCCACGUGCCCACAAGUCGAAUUCAUCGUUAGAUCCACGGUUCGAUCUCAUUUUCAAUUAGAUCCAUCGAUCGCUCCUGGGUUGUUAAGAAUGCAUUCACAUGAUUGCUUCGUCCGAGGGUGUGAUGCUUCUGUGCUUCUUGCUGGUCCCAAUUCUGAGAGGACGGCUGUGCCUAACCGUACUUUGAAAGGGUUUGAGGUCAUUGAUGAUGCCAAGUCACAACUUGAGGAUAUCUGCCCAGGUGUUGUCUCCUGUGCUGAUAUUCUUGCUCUUGCUGCUCGUGACUCAGUGGUUCUGACAGGUGGAAGAAGUUGGGAAGUUCCGACGGGACGAAGAGAUGGCAGAGUUUCAUUAGUUUCCGAGGUGAAGUUGCCUGGUUUUUCAGAUUCCAUUGAAGUUCAAAAGGAGAAGUUCAGAUCUAUGGGGCUCAACACACAUGACCUCGUAACUCUCGCAGGUGCCCAUACCAUUGGUACUGCAUCGUGUCGUUUUUUCAGUUAUAGACUCUACAACUUCACAACAGUCACUGAAACCGGUGCUGACCCAACUCUUAAUCCAUCACUCGUCGAACGACUACGAGAUGUUUGCCCUGUAGACGGAGAUAGCUCAAACAGAUUUGAACUCGACAUCGAUAGUGCAGAAAAGUUUGACGUAUCGUUCUACAAAAACUUGAGACAAGGAGGAGGGAUCUUAGAGUCGGAUCAAAUGUUGUGGAACGAUGAUUCUACUCGCCCUAUCAUCCAACACUAUUUGAGUUUAAAAGGUUUAGUAGGGCGUUCAAGCUUUAAAGUUGAGUUUGGAAGAUCGAUGGUUAAAAUGAGCAAUGCACAAGUUAAAACUGGCCUUCUUGGUGAAAUUCGAAGGGUUUGCUCUAAGGUUAAUAAUUGAUAUGUUUUUAAG